AGCACAUUAGCGCAUAAGCAUUUUUAUUUUUAACAAAAAGCGAAAAUAAAAAACUUUGUUUAUGUUUUUCCCGUCAUGCUUCAGUAGACGCCAUUUUGAACAGAAAGUCCGAUAACCGUCACAAAAUCUGUUGUUAUUUUUGGAUUAUUUUUAAGUUGAAAAGAUGAGAAAAAAUAUUCAGAGAUGAGAUGUGACAGUAUCCCAUAAAGAUUGAACAAUUGUUCAUGAAAAGAUGGACCCAGAAUAUGAAAAACGUCUCCUCCGUCAACAAAAUGGAUCUCCAUAUUCUUCUCCGUUGUCAUUGAGUCCGGGCAGUCCACUUUCCUCACCCAGUAAAGACAAGUACGGGGAUAGAUUUAUACCAGCCAGAGCUGGAGCUGCAUGGCACAUCAACUUUAAUUUGAACUCAGAAAGUCCUCGUCAGUCACCUGUUGCCAAUAGAAAAGCUCGGGAAAUAGCAGCAGAUCAAGGAAAAGAUGGUUUGGCUUACAAUUGUUUGUUGAAAAAUGAGCUUCUCUCUGCAGGCAUUGAGGAUUUAAAGGAUCAGCAUCCAGAUGAAAGAAGGAUUCUUGUUCCUAAAGAAAGCAGGAAUUUAUUUAGAUACCAUGUACCACGAAGAAGUUCAGAUGCUGAAUCUUCACCAUAUUCAUUAUCACCUGUAGGAAGUAAAAGCCAAAAAUUGUUACGCUCACCAAGAAAGGCUGUAAGAAAAAUCUCUAAGAUACCGUUUAAAGUGUUAGAUGCCCCGGAGCUGCAGGAUGAUUUCUAUCUAAACUUGGUGGACUGGUCAUCACAAAAUGUUUUAAGUGUUGGCCUUGGAACGUGUGUGUAUUUGUGGAGUGCAUGUACUAGUCAGGUAACGAGACUAUGUGAUUUAUCUGGAGAUGGGGAUACAGUCACAUCAGUGUCUUGGGCAGAGCGGGGAAACCUUGUAGCAGUGGGUACCCACAAGGGAUAUGUACAGAUCUGGGAUGUUGCUGCUACCAAAAAAAUCAACACAUUAGAGGGACAUAGUGCAAGAGUCGGGGCAUUAGCGUGGAAUUCGGAUAUGCUGUCAUCUGGAAGUAGAGAUCGACUAAUUCUGCAAAGAGAUAUCCGUACACCAUCGGUGGCACCGGAGAGAAGAUUGACGGGACAUAGACAGGAAGUGUGUGGACUAAAGUGGUCACCUGACCAUCAACACCUAGCUUCAGGUGGUAAUGAUAAUAAACUGUUUGUGUGGAACAUGACAAGUUUGUCACCUGUUCAGACAUACACGGAUCAUCUAGCGGCCGUGAAGGCUAUAGCAUGGUCCCCCCACCAGCAUGGACUGUUAGCUAGUGGUGGGGGAACUGCUGAUAGGUGUAUACGAUUCUGGAAUACAUUAACAGGACAACCUUUACAGAGUGUGGAUACUGGGUCACAAGUGUGUAAUUUAGCGUGGUCAAAGCACUCAAACGAAUUGGUCAGUACUCAUGGGUAUUCACAAAACCAGAUUUUAGUGUGGAAAUAUCCGUCAUUAGUUCAGAUAGCUAAACUCACAGGUCAUUCAUACAGAGUAUUAUAUCUUGCAAUGUCACCUGAUGGUGAGGCCAUAGUUACUGGUGCUGGGGAUGAGACUCUUAGAUUUUGGAAUGUUUUUAGUAAAACCAGAUCUACAAAGGAAUCCAAGUCAGUGUUAAAUCUCUUCACACGGAUACGAUAAUAGUAAAACAAGUCAUUUAUUGUGUCAAUGAAGAUCUGCCAGAAUUAAGCAAAAAACUGAACACUUGAACCGGUCACCACUACAUUGUUCAUUUAUCUUUUUUAUAUCUUAUUUGUGCAAAUGAUAUUAGGUUUUGGAAGUGAUUGAGACAGUCUUCUUGUUGUUUUCACUAUCAUAUAUUUUGGUCAUUUAGUGUGAUUUGAUAGAUGUUUAAUGAGCUAUAUGUUGUAUUUUUGGUUUUAUUUAAAGGUAUUUGAUCAUAUAUUAUAAGUGCAUGUGUGUUGGGUGUUUUAUAUAGUCGUAAUUUAAGUAUUUAAUGGUAGUUGUCCUUUAAUGUGUAAACGUGUAUCAGUAACUUAUGAAAGUUGAAAAAGGUGUGCUGUUUUUACUUUAAAGUUCCAUUCUUUAAUAUUUUAAUAUGAUCUUAUGCAUGUCUAUUUUUACCCACUUUGGCUAAAAAUUUAAAAAAAAAGAUUAUAUUUGAAUUUUAAAACAUUUUGACCCAGUAUUAAUACCAUUACAAUUUUAAGACACCGACAUUUUUUCUCCUUUUUACAAGUAUUUAACAAAUUAUGUUAUAAAAGUUGAGUGUAAAUGAUUUUUGUUGCACACAUUCAAUAUUGUUAGUUAACUGCUGCAGGUUUUGAUAAUAUGUUUACAUAGGUACUGUGUGAUACGGAUACUUUGUUAGUAUUUAACACUAAUACUAAGGUAUUGUGUGACUCUGAUAUAUGGUACUGUGUGACACUAAUACUUAAACACAUUGUGACUAUUUCUUGGGAUCAUUGUGACAGUUAAACAUGUUGUUGAAGAAUGGAUGCGGUAUUUCUAUAAAAGUAAUGCGGUAUUUCUAUUAAAGGAACUUAGCAGCCAAAAAAAAUCAAAAAGAUUCAUGCAGAAUUUAUAAGGAAGAGAUUUGUUUAUUGAUUGUCUGUUAAUGUAGUGUGGAUGGUAUAGCAUUUGAAAGAAAUCUUUGUGUGAAAGUCUAUGCCAUACCUUCAUUCUAUAUGAGUCAUUUUGAUACAGACAAAUCUAUAAACUGUCAUGAUUUAAACAAUGAUUUUGUUGUGCAAAACUGGUAAUUUAAGGGUUGGGUUUUUUUUAUGUCUUUUUUAUAUUCAUGCAGUUUUAUCUAACAAGUUUUAGAUGACAAGUUUUCUUUCCCCAUUUAUUCAACACCAUUUUCUCUUUGAUAAUUUGUUAACUUUUAGCAUAUAAUUUUGAUCUCCUUUUUACGUGGGUUUGGGACCCAACUUUUGAAAUAUUUUGUUUGUCAUGUCUUUAUAUAAGAUGCGAGUUGUCAUUGAUUUUACAUUAGAAAAUGAUGAUACAGUGAUUUUUUUACAUCCAUUUAGAGUCUUUGGACAAUAAAUUUUGACUAAUUUUUUACUACCAUUUACAAUCUUUGGACAUUGAAGUUUUAUUUUUUUUGAAAACUUAGUUUAAAUAAUUGUGACCAGUUGGCUUAAACCGUGAGAUGUUUACGACUAUAUUAUAUCUAAGGGUACAUUGAAGAAGUUGAAAUGUUGGCGGUAUGAGAUUUGGGGGGGGGGGAAUUUACACCUUGAAUUUAUAGUAUGUUGUGUGUAUUCAAUGACAGUGAGCAUUUAAGGUGAUAUAGCUUGUCACUUAAGUACAGCCACCAGUUUACAUCGUGUUUCUAAUAGGGAAAAAUACUGUUUUAAAUGCUGCCUUUUAAAUUUCAUUUAGAUCCCAUACUUUUAGCCACUCAUGGAAUGAUGUGUCCAACUUUUUACUUUAUACAUUUAGUAUUAUAAUUAGAGAAAUUUUAUGAAUUUGUUAAAUCCUCAGAAAGUUUCUAACUGGAUGUUUUUAUUCGCUUGUAAAGUAAUAACAUUUGAUUUGAUGCUUUGUUUAAGUGACAAGUUAUAUUACACAAUUUGUGCAAUAUUCAUAGACUUGUUUAUUUCACGUACAGUCAACCCUGUUUUAUAUAUAUAUAUUUAUUGUGCUUUGCCUUUGAUUUGUGAAGCAUUUGCUCCCGGUCAAUAGUUUAAGCUAUCUAUUGCUUUAAUUUAACGAAGUCUUCCUCGUAAGUUGAUGAGGGUCUAGUAAAACAUUUUCCGUCUUUGUCGAUACAGACUUUAAACAAAUGUUUUGAAUUUCUCUUUUUUAUUCAUUGUUUGGAACAUAAAGUAAAAUAUAACAGUUAUUAGUUACAGUCAAGUAAAAAUGGUUCUAAUUGAUUAGGUAAUUCACAAGAAAGGUCAAAUGAGGUGAAUUGAUUUCAAAGAAGUUUUCGGGGGUAUGAUGACCGAUAUUUGGAAUGGUAUUUUGAUGCAUAAAUAUUUCAAACUUUUUAUGAUAUAUAUCACAAGGAUAUAUCACAAAUGAGUUUCCAAUACUCCUCGAAAUAGUUUUAGUGGCAUGUAUUGUUGCCAGUUUCUCCUUCUUUCUAUCUGUCAGUCACUUAUACUUACCGUUUCUCAUAAAAGUUUCCUAUACUGACAAAUACCUGAUUGAUGUGUUGGUAACCUCUAUAAAGCUGGACCCUUGGUUGGAUUUUGAGAUUGAUCUAAACAAUGUCAUGGUCAUUGAGGCUAAAAAUAGAUUUUCUUAUAUUUCGUCAUGGUAACACCAUGUUUUUACCUCAUGAAAGCGACAUUUGGGAGCAAACAUCAGUAAUACUGAAAUCUUUCAAAUUUUUUUUUUUUUGCUAAUAUUUAUAUUUUAAUGGAUUUAUAAUUGAUUUAACGUAAGUGACUUGUAGGAAACAGGUUCGACUGUAGUGUGUAGAUAUAAAUAUAGCUGAGUAGAAAGUAUAAUUGUUAUUAUGUUUUACUGUAAAAUUAUAGUUUAUUUAUAAUUAUUUGUUUGAUUUAUUUCUGUAAAAGAUCAUUUUGUUUUUAUAUCUUAGAUUUUUUUUUUUAAGAUUCAUGUUGUUAAAUGAAUGAAGCCUGCUGGCACACCAUUUUACCACCUGUUUCAAAUCCUGAUAUGGAAGUUGUUGUUUUAACUCACAGCAGAUGAAUGGUUUUACUGACGACCUGAGUGCCUGAAAUAAUUUAAGAAAGGGUGCUUUGCAUCUUCUUUAAGCAGAUCAGCUAGGUGAAAAUCUACUAAUCUAGCAUCAAUCUGUGUAUUUCAGUAUACACUCAAUGAUUGAGAGUCAAAUCAAACUUCAGAAUUAUUUUUACUUUAAAAGUUUUCCGGACCAGACAUAUUUUAAAAAAAUGUCAAGGAAUUUUUGGUAAAAAAAACGCCAUUUUUGCAAAAUACAUGUGAAAUGUUUUUUAUAUGAUGCUGAUCUGCUAUGGUUACAUGACAAAAGCCGGACAUCUGAUAUUGUUUUAAGAUUUAACAGCGAACAUAUUUUAACAUUUCAAAUUUCGUUUAAAAAAGAUUUUACAUUUGUUUAAUUUUACAUGAUUUUCAGCAAUUCUUUCCUUUAAAAAUGCUUGAGUUUUUACCAAAGUUAAACAUCUGUUACCAUUUUUGUUACGGCCUUCAUACUGCCAUGGAUUUUAUUUGGUUCUCAUUGGAUUUGGUUGAUAUAGAAAGAUUGUUUAUUGUAAUGUACAUUAUUGAAAUAAAGAAUAAAUAUGAAA